GCUGUCAGUAUGGGAUCCCACCUCCAUAGUUAGCAGUAGCUGAGCAUGGACUGGGGAUGAAUGCAGCAUGCUACAGACUCAGUGGCAAAUGUUAUAAUAGGAGAACAGGCAAACUGGAAUUAGAAAACUGUCAGCAGUAGAAGGAUCUUAGCAUCACUGAGAAUAUAGAGAAAUACUUUUUGUAUUCUAUUUUUUUUUUUGGUUCAAGCAAACAUGUCAGUUUCUGGAAAGAAAGAAUUUGAUGUGAAGCAGAUCUUAAGGCUGCGAUGGAGGUGGUUCAGCCACCCCACACAAGGAACACCAGGAUCUGGUGGCUGUCUGCAGCAGGAAGGAUAUGAGCACAGAGGGACGCCGGUUCACAGUAGGUUGAAAAGCCAUUCACGGGACAGGAAUGGGCUAAAGAAAAACAGCAGCCCUGUCCAUAACAUACUGGCACCAGUGCCAGGUCCAACCCCUGCACACCAUCGAUCUAUUCAAUCUUGGCACCAACAAAACAUCAUAGUACAUUUACAAGCAAGUCAGGAUAUUCCAAAGUCCAGCACUGAGGAGAAAUUGGGGAAAGAAGAAGAAAGCACCAGCACAGAAGAGGUUAACACAGUCCCAGAGGAGAACCAAGAGGCAGCCACAGACAGGAUUCCAGCGACGAGCAGCUCCCCUAAUAGAAUGAACCCCGCUGGUUCUGAUGAAUAUUUCCAAUCUAUAAACCAUGCAGAGCAGACCUUCCGCAAGAUGGAAAACUAUCUCCAACAGAAGCAAUUGUGUGAUGUGCUACUGAUUGCCGGACACCAUAAAAUUCCAGCACACAGGCUGGUUUUAAGUGCUGUUUCGGAUUACUUUGCUGCAAUGUUUACUAAUGACGUGCGUGAAGCAAAAGAAGAGGAGAUAAAAAUGGAAGGAGUGGACCCAGAUGCACUAAAAGCCCUUGUACAUUAUGCUUACACAGGUGUUUUAGAACUGAAGGAAGACACGAUCGAGAGUUUGCUGUCCGCGGCCUGUCUUCUCCAGCUCUCACAAGUGAUCGAGGUCUGCUGUAAUUUCCUGAUGAAGCAGCUUCAUCCAUCCAACUGUCUAGGCAUUCGAUCGUUUGGAGAUGCACAAGGCUGCAUGGAACUCCUGAGAGUUGCACACAGCUAUACAAUGGAACAUUUCAUUGAGGUUAUACGGAAUCAGGAAUUUCUUCUACUCCCUGCAAAUGAAAUAGCCAAGCUUCUUUCCAGUGACGACAUUAAUGUACCCGAUGAAGAAACUAUAUUCCAAGCUUUAAUGCAAUGGGUGAAACACGAUAUACAAUCUCGACAGAGGGAUCUUGGAAUGCUACUCUCGUGUAUAAGAUUACCAUUACUUCCACCGCAGUUACUUGCAGACCUUGAAAAUAGUCCACUGUUUGCUAAUGACUUGGAGUGCCAGAAAUUUCUAAUGGAAGCUAUGAAAUACCAUCUUCUGCCAGAAAGGCGGUCAAUGAUGCAAAGUCCAAGAACCAAGCCCAGAAAGUCCACUGUCGGAGCACUUUAUGCUGUUGGUGGAAUGGAUUCAACAAAAGGUGCCACUACCAUUGAGAAGUAUGACUUGAGGACAAACAGCUGGAUACAAAUUAGCACCAUGAACGGUAGACGCCUGCAGUUUGGAGUAGCAGUUAUUGACAAUAAACUUUACGUGGUUGGGGGGAGAGAUGGACUGAAAACAUCAAAUACCGUGGAGUGUUUCAAUCCGGCAACAAAGGUUUGGUCUAUAAUGCCUCCUAUGUCAACCCACAGACACGGUUUGGGAGUUGCUGUUCUAGAAGGUCCUAUGUAUGCCAUCGGUGGUCAUGAUGGAUGGAGUUACCUUAAUACCGUGGAACGUUGGGAUCCCCAAGCGAGGCAGUGGAAUUAUGUAGCCAGCAUGUCAACUCCAAGAAGUACUGUGGGAGUUGCAGCAUUGAACAGCAAAUUGUAUGCAGUUGGAGGAAGAGAUGGGAGUUCUUGCUUGAAGUCUAUGGAGUGUUUUGAUCCUCACACUAACAAGUGGAGUAUGUGUGCUUCUAUGUCAAAACGAAGAGGAGGAGUUGGAGUUGCAACAUACAAUGGAUUUCUGUAUGCAGUUGGAGGUCAUGAUGCACCAGCAUCAAAUCAUUGUUCUAGGUUGUCAGACUGUGUGGAAAGGUAUGACCCAAAAACAGAUAACUGGACAACAGUGGCCCCGUUGAGUGUCCCCAGAGAUGCAGUUGGAGUCUGUUGUCUUGGAGACAAGUUAUAUGCUGUGGGAGGUUAUGAUGGACAAACAUACCUUAGCACUGUUGAAUCUUAUGAUGCUCAAACCAAUGAAUGGACAGAGGAUGUCUCUUUGAACAUUGGAAGGGCAGGAGCUUCUGUUGUUGUAAUCAAGCUACCAUGACAGAUAUUUUUCAAGUACCCUUAAAGACUCUCCGGUGAAGGACAUUGCUCAGAGCUGGAUUUAAGAAGUCCAUAUAGACAUCAUAAGCAAACCUCCUCUUCUCCAGUCUUCUGUGACCUUAAUUCACUGGCCUUGACAUGGUGGGAACAUUAGAAAAAAAAAAACAGCCUCUGCCAAUUGUCCUAUGACUUUAAUUAUUUAGGAUACAAUCUGUGUGAAAAAUAUUCAACUUUUUGAAAACAAUUGACGUUUAUUGGGGAUAUUGAUACAUUUCACACAUAGAGAAAACCAAAACUUUGUCUUUAAAAUAUAUUUUAUGUAACAUCUUUAAAGAUGACCUUUGCCUAGUUGCUUAUAUUUUAAUAUUUCUCAUUAUAUAAAAUGAUAGUUAAAGGAAAUAUUUUUUAUCAAAGGGAAUAUCUGACGGAAAAGGAUUAAAAAAAGAAAUGCUUGUUAAUUCAAUUUCUACAAACAGUUAGACCUUGUUCUGUGCUGAAAAGGGGGGAGUGGUUGUAUCCAUUUGCAGGGUGACAAUGUAUACUCCUUUAUAACAGCAGUUCUUAACUCAAGCUGUUUCUAAAAUUGUCUUUAUAUAAAUAUGUUCAUCUUA